AUGGCCUCGCGCGCGUCCACGGACCGCCAAUAUGCUCGUCGCACAACCCCGUCUGCGCCAACUACGCCAAUGGAUUAUGUGCAAGAACCUCUGUCCCAGGUUACUCUGCCGUCCACAGAAGGCCCUGGCUCGCCCAUGGAUCCCAGCGCAUCCUUCAAGACUGAGAUGAACGACGACAGAACCUCCGCCAUGGUUAUCCCCUCCUCGCUCACCCCACCGCCCUCCUCUCAGCUUGGCGUCGCGACCAAUCGACGAAACCCAGCAUUCUCCCAGUCUCAGCAGACGGUGCCCGUCUCUCCACCUGCCACAAUACACAAUACCCUGCGCGAUCGCGACAUGUCAUCGACCUAUACCGUGCCCUCCUCUGAAGACAUCCGCGACGCCACUGCCGACCAGCUGCGCUCCAUGCUGCACACAUGCAUCGCCGAGAACAAUAAACUCAAGAUGGAGACGGCGCACCACAAAUUACAGUUCAAUCUGGCCAGCCUGCAGGCUGAUGAGCAAUCCAAACGCGAUGCUGUCGAGCACGUCAUGGUUCGCCGCGAAGUUGAUGUCCUAAGUACGGCCGAGCACCUUAGACAGGCCAAACGCGACUUUGGCUCUGCCUCGGAUGCUCUGACGAGCAAGUACUUGAACCUAAAGAUUUCAUAUGAUGCUGCGCUCGAGGAGAUCAAGAGUCUCAACAGCCGCAUUCGCGUCGCCAAAAAGGUCAUUCAGCAAAAAGAGGACAAGGCCGCCGGCCUCAGUGAGGAGCGUGAUAUGCUCCUCCAGCGCAUUCGCGAAAACCGAGAGCACCUCCACAUGCUCUGCGGCCCUGGCGGCAUCUUUCACGGCGCCCUCACCCCUCGCCCAGCCUCCCACUCCUCCCAGUCGCAUCAAGCUGGCCAGACGCAUGUCACCGAAAACCAGCAUGGUCUGUCCAUGUUGUACCAGGCUAUGAGCCAGGAGAAUCAUAACAACAGUGCUCCCUCGACGCCUGCCCAACCUCCGCGCUCUACCACCCAACAGACUCGCAAGCACAACCGCAACGCCCAGUCCAUGUCGUCUCUCCCGACCACGCCCGUCAACCAACCUCGCGGCCCGCACGCUGGCCUGCUUCCCUCUGCCAACUUGGUACCACACACGGAGCCCCGUACCAUGUACACGCAACAGUACUUUGAGCCCAUCACACCCGACAGACGUCAUCGUCGCAAGAGCCGCGAGAGCACCAUCUCGGCCGAAGAGAGCGACGAGGUCGCCGCGAGAGUACCUGGUGUGCGCACCAGCGUGUCCAUGCACAGCCAGCGAGGCGACCACGUACAUGAGCAGCAAGUCUUCGACAGCCAAGCUAGCCAAGCCGCCUCAGAUCUCCUCCGCCGUCACCCCGGCCAAAGCUUUGACGUUGCAAGCUCCGGCGACUCACGCGACGGCAGCCCAAUCCAGCUCCCCGCCAAGCCCGUCACUGCCAAGGUCCGCUCUAGGUUGCCAGACUCUGGGCGGUCGGAAAAGAGACGACUGUCUAGUUCUGUCACCGAGACGUCGGCGGUGCACUCACGGCGCGAGCAAGGGAGUCCGGCGAAAAAGGCGCGUACCGGCGCCGAAGUAGACGGACGCCGUGUUGGACUUGGAAUCCAGUACUAG